UGCAGUGGUGGGACUAUUCCCACUACGCGGCUAUUUCCACUACGCUAUUUUUUUAGUCGCCAUUUUGAGUGCAGUCGCAAACAGUCGCAAAGUGUAGAAAGUACGUGUGAAAAAACUUUGGACUGACCUUCUGGCUGAGCUCUGUAGGAAGCCAAAUCAAGAUAAAAUUGUAUUACUAAAGCCGGACCAAACAGUACAUACAAUUCAUCAUAAUUCAUCAUGAUAACAGAUAUACUUUUGAGUUGCACAAGAUUAUUUGUACGUGUUGGAUGGUUUAUUCCAUGGACGAGUCUGCCAACUAUGCAAUGCUGUGAUAUGCGUAAAUAAAUAAGCGAGAUAUAUGCAACAUAUAGUAUAUAUGUAUAUAUGUAUAUAUUAGUGUAAUAAGGUAUGUCCCGAUUUCUUGCAUACAUACGAGUCAUUCAAUAGUAGAAAUAGUAGUAAUAAUUUUGUGUUAUGUUAUGUUAUAUAUAUAUAUAUAUUUAUUUAUUUAUUUUACUUCAGCUCACAUAUAGCCGAGAAGGGGUUGCAUAAUGUUAUAUUAAAUUUUACACUUCCGUUGAAUACCUUCCAGAAUUUGAAUUACUUUCUUAAUUCUUUAGAAUGCCGGUUAUUAAGCAUUGUUGUUAGUAGCUUAUGUUGUUAUCAUGCCCCCUCAUAAGAAAUUUUCGUGUCAGUUUCCUAAUUGCAAUAAUGGGUACUAUUGGUGCAAAAAUAAUUUGGAAAGAGUACAAAAUAAACAUUUUUAUAGAUUUCCCACUAACUCAGCCGUAAAUAUAAAAUGGAAAAAGAUUUGUGGCAUCAAGUUAACUGAAAAUUGCCGAAAUAAAUAUGUUUGUGAAGAUCAUUUUCAAAAAGAAGAUUUUGUAAAUUUUACAAAACACGCAUUGAAUCCUUUUGUAGUUCCUUCACGAUUACAAAGUGACUCUAAUUUACUUUCAGAAGUUUCAAUAUCUUCCCAAAACAAAACUGUUAAUUAUAGUGAACAAUUAAACUCAACAAAUUUAAUUACUGUCUCCAAUGAUUUAAAUAUUAUCAGCAGUAGCUUGACUAACAAUACAUCUAUUGUUAAUCAAGGUACUGUUGAUAAUAUUUCAAGUAAAAUUGAUAGCAAGUACAUUGUCUCUAAAGAUGUUUUUUCUAACUUAAAUACAGAACAAAAUUUAAAUACUCACACUGAAAGCGUUAACGACGACAAUUUAAAUAAUUAUUUGUACACUCAUGAACAAGACUGCAUCUGUGAAAAUGCAAAUUGUCAACGCGACGAUAAUAGUGAUGAUAAUGAUACAGUAAUUACUGAUAAUUUAACUGAAUGUAAUGAGAUUUUGUUAAAGAAACAAAGAAAAACUGGUUUCUUAACAGAAGCAGGAGUAUCUUUGAAAGCAAUGACACCAACUAAACGUAGAAUGUACAAAAUACAUCGUAGAACGAUCAACAAAUUAUCGAAAGUUAAGAAGUCACUUUAUAAUCAAAAAGAUACUAUAAAGAAACUGAAAAAGCUGAAUAAAGACAACGUUUUCCAAUGUAUGGAAAAUCAGUUGAAUACUGUAACUCAAAAUUUUAUAGAUUCGCAGUUGCGAAACAUAGACCGCGCUUCAACAGGAAAAAAAUGGACUGACGAAGAUAAAGUUUUUGCGUUAUCUAUUUAUAAGCGAAGUCCGCGUACUUAUAAGUAUAUAUCCAACUUCUUCCAGUUGCCGUCACCUCGGACUUUAAAAACAGUACUUUCAAAGGUUCCUUUUAAUACAGGCAUGAACAAACAAUUGCUGCAACAACUUAAAAAUAAAAUCAAUGAUAUGGACGUACUGGACCGAUAUUGUUCUUUAGUUUUUGAUGAGAUAUCAUUAGAUAAAGGUUUCCAUUACCUUCCUCAUAAACAAAUUAUUAUCGGUUUUCAAGAUUUAGGGGAAUUAGGACGGUGUAAUAAAGCAGCAAAUCAUGCAUUGGUAUUAAUGAUAAGAGGAUUGAGAAAAUCCUAGAAGCAAGUAGUCGCUUAUUAUUUUACUGUUGGUACAAUUUCUACUUUUGAUCUGAAGUCAAUAAUAAAAAAUGCUAUUUUACAACUUCAAGAAAUUGGCGUGAUAGUGAAAGCGACUAUUUGUGACCAGGGUUCUACUCAGAAAAAAGCAAUUUCGGAGUUGUGUGCUGAAAAUACCGUUGCUCCAACUUCUUACACAUUUGUAAUCAAUAAUGUGACAAUAGUAACAAUUUUUGAUGUUCCUCAUUUAUUGAAAUGUACUCGAAAUGCUUUACUAAGAUGUAAAAUUAGAUUUAGGUCUAAUAAGACAGCAAAAUUUCAAUACAUACAGCAAGUUUUUGAUUUAGAUCAAACAAAAAAAUUUAAGACACUUUACAAAUUAAAUUCAGGACAUUUCAAAUUUCAAGAUAGUUUUAUAAAAAUGAAAGUUAAUAUCGCUGCAAGACAAUUGAGUCAUUCUAUCGCUUCAUCUAUUGAAGCCUUUACUUCCAGUGGAGCAUUACCUGUUGAAUCAUUAGAAACAGCAGAAUUUGCUGAAUUAAUUGACAAUCUUUUUGGUUCGUUAAAUGGUUGGACCAAACAUGCGAAAGAAGGUAAACAAUAUAAAUGCGUUUUGAAAAGCAACUCACCUCAUUUGGAAUUGUGGAGCAAAUUAUUGCCUGAAAUAGCUGAUUGGAAAUUAAUAGACAUUAAGACUGAGAAAGAUGUUACAACGCAAUAUCAAUUCGUAAAAGGCUGGGUUAUUACAAUUGGUAGUGUAAUAUAUUUAUGGAAACAACUUGAAAAUUUUGGUUUUGAAUAUUUAAAUUUACGAAAUCUUAAUCAGGAUCCACUUGAAAACCUUUUUUGUAUGAUACGACAACAUGGUAUAUCAAAUACCAAUCCCACCUGCCAUCAAUUCAUUGCCGCUUUAAAAACAACAGUACUAAACGAUAUGGUUGCACCAGUACCCAAAUUUGCAAAUUGCGAGGAAGAUAAUGCUAAAAAUUUAGAGAAUUUUCGAUGUUAUUUAAAUAGUGACUCUCAAAAUAUACCACUAGAAGAAACUGAACUAUUCAAGAACGUUGAAAUACGAACUUUAGAAUGGAAAAAUUUUGACGAAAUGAAUGUUCAAGACUGUUUUGCCCUUUCAUAUGUAUCAGGUUAUCUUAUUAAAAAAUUGCAUUUGCCAGACGAACAUUGUACUAAUUGUCGAGAUGAUUUGUUUUCGACACAAUGUCAACAUCAUUUAUUUACAACUUUUAAAGAACAUGAUGGAGAAAAUGACUCUUUGACGUAUGCAAGCGAUCGGGUACUUACACUAGUCGAAAAUCUACAUAAUAGAUUAUACCAUUUUUUAGAUGAAAAUGGGCAUAUAUCUCGUUUAGAAUCGACUUUUAAAGAGAUAUUUCUUUCAAAUUAUAGUAGUAAUUUCUGUAAUAUCCAUCGUUGUGAUAUCUUAAUUAUUGAUAAAGCUAUUACGUUCUUAAUAUUUAAAUACAUUAAAGAUCAAAAACAAUCACAGGCACUAAGUUCUGGACAUUACAAAAAAAUAAUAAAAUUUCAAAAAACAUAACAUAUUUUCAAAUUUAAUAUUUUCAUAUUUCUUGUAUUCUUUGUCCGGAUUUCUGAUUUUGAUUUAUUAUAUUUGAUUUACUAUUGGAUACUAUGUUUUUUUAAUUAAAUUAAAAGGCUUUUGGUUAAAUGCAUAUGUUAAAUGCUCAAUGAUAAAUAUUCUUGAUAAAUAUUAUAAUUUGUAAGAAAUAUUCUCAGCAUUGAAAGAAAGAAGAUAUUUUAAGACUUAAUUAUACAAGGCCAAAGCAAAUUUUACUUUUUUAUCAUUCAUUUUAUACAGUGUUGUAUACUUUUAUUUUUAUUUUUAUGUUAAAUGCCCCAUUAUAAAUAUUUUUCAUAAAUAUUAUAAUUUAGAUGUAAGAAAUAUUCUCACUGUUGAAAGAGAGAAAAUAUUUUAAGACUCAACUGUAUAAAACAUUGGGCCAAAACAAAUUUUAUUUUUUCGUUAUACAUUUUAUACAGUGUUGUAUUUGUCUUUUUUUAUUUUUAUGUUGAAUGCUCAAUGAUAAAUAUUUUUUUAUAAAUAUUAUAAUUUAGUUGUAAGAAAUAUUCUCAGCGUUGAAAGAGAGAAAUUAUUUUAAGACUCAACUGUAUAAAACAUUGGGCCAAAACAAAUUUUAUUUUUUCGUUAUACAUUUUAUACAGUGUUGUAUUUGUCUUUUUUUAUUUUUAUGUUGAAUGCUCAAUGAUAAAUAUUUUUUUAUAAAUAUUAUAAUUUAGUUGUAAGAAAUAUUCUCAGCGUUGAAAGAGAGAAAUUAUUUUAAGACUCAACUGUAUAAAACAUUGUGCCAAAACAAAUUUUAUUUUUUCGUUAUACAUUUUAUACAGUGUUGUAUUUGUCUGUUUUUAUUUUUAUGUUGAAUGCUCAAUGAUAAAUAUUUUUU